UUCAUCUUUUCUUCUCUUCUUCAUAUCUCCCCAACACAACACAACACAACACAAUACCAUAGCUUUAAUAUAUCGAUCCAAGACUCAAGAUUUUCACAAAAAUGAACGGCAAAACCAGGAACACUACGCGCACACGCGUGGGGAAGUACGAACUGGGAAGAACCCUGGGCGAGGGAAGCUUCGGCAAGGUCAAGUUCGCCAAGAACGUCGAGAAUGGAGAUUUCGUCGCCAUCAAAAUCCUCGACCGCGACCAAAUCCUCCGCCACAAGAUGGUCGAACAGAUUAAGAGAGAGAUCUCAACUAUGAAGCUGAUCAAACACCCAAAUGUCUUGAAACUUUUUGAGGUUAUGGCAAGCAAAACCAAAAUUUACAUUGUUCUUGAGUUUGUGGAUGGUGGCGAGCUCUUCGACAAAAUAGCCAAACAUGGGAGACUUAAAGAGGAGGAAGCCAGAACUUACUUCCAGCAGCUAAUAAAUGCUGUCGACUACUGUCACAGCAGAGGGGUUUUUCAUAGAGAUUUAAAGCCCGAAAAUCUUCUUUUAGAUUCGUACGGUUACCUUAAAGUUUCAGAUUUUGGACUGAGUGCAAUUUCACAGCAAGUACGGGGAGAUGGGCUGCUUCAUACUGCCUGUGGGACACCAAACUAUGUUGCUCCUGAGGUGCUCACUAGUAAAGGUUAUGAUGGCACAUCGUCUGAUGUUUGGUCUUGUGGGGUUAUUCUAUUUGUCCUUAUGGCUGGUUACCUGCCUUUUGAUGAGCCAAAUCUCAUGGCUUUGUACAAAAAAAUUUGCAAGGCUGAAUUUGGAUGUCCACCAUGGUUUUCAUCUGGUGCAAAGAAACUGAUCAAGCGUAUUCUUGAUCCGAAUCCUCUUACACGAAUUACAAUUUCUGAAAUCUUACAAGAUGAAUGGUUCAAAAAAGGGUACCGGCAGGCACGCUUUGAAAAGGAAGAGGAUGUAAAUCUUGAUGAUAUCGAUGCUGCUUUCAAUGACUCGAAGGAAGGAUUAAUAACAGAAAAGAAGGAGAAACCUGUUUCAAUGAAUGCUUUUGAGCUUAUAUCUAGAUCACAAAGUUUUAAUCUUGAGAAUCUAUUUGAGAAGCAGUCGGGACUUGUGAAGAGAGAAACCCGUUUCACUUCUCAGCGCCCUGCAAAUGAAAUCAUGGAUAAGAUUGAGGAAGCAGCAAAGCCUCUAGGCUUUAAUAUUCGCAAGCAGAACUACAAGAUGAAGUUGCAAGGUGAUAAAACUGGAAGAAAGGGGCAUCUCUCUGUAGCCACUGAGGUAUUCGAGGUGGCACCCUCCUUGCACAUGGUAGAGCUUCGGAAAACUGGUGGUGAUACACUUGAGUUUCACAAGUUCUAUAAGAGCUUCUCAUCAGGCUUAAAAGAUGUCAUGUGGAAAACAGAAGAAAAUUCAGAAGAAGUGAGGUGAAAGCAGGAGCUGCCCCUUUGGGUUCAUUGAUUGCUCUGAAAGUAUCCCAAUGUGCAUUCCAAAUAAAUGCACCCAACCCAACCAACCCUACCCUACAACAUUAUAAUAUAUUGAAUGGUCGAUCAGUCCAAGACAUGGGAAGCUCAAGAAAAGUCAGGACUGGAGUAGUUACUAGUUAGACCGCAGUAGCUCAUUGGCUCCAUAUGAAUGAAGUCCUCAUAAUUGAUAGGCUGUGAUUCUAUGACCAUCCCCUCAAAAACCAAAAUGAACUACUUAAUUCAAUUAUAUUGUUUUUCAAAACAUUAUGAUUUGUUAAGUUCAAAUCAUUUCAGGGAUUUCUUUGUAUGGAGCUUGUAAUAGAAGAGCAUUCAUUUUCUUGUUA